AUGGAGAAAUCAAAUUUCGAGUCACUUACUGAAGAUCAUCAAAUGAAUAUUCUGUCACGGUUGCCGCUGAAGUCCUUGGUGAAGUUCCUCCUCGUCUCGAAGAAAUGGGCAUCCAUGAUCCGCUCUACAAAAUUCAAUGUUGAUUACUUGAGUCGAUCGAUGACAAGACCUCGAGUGAUGUUCAUGGUCCAACGAUCUACAUCACAGCCACCCGAACCUACGAUGUUGUGGUUUGACACUGUUUAUAAAGAGCAAACCUUAACAACCGAACCAUCUUACACUGAGGUGUUGUUUUACUCUGUUUACCAAGACGAGGAACCAUUGUUGUCUUCUGGACAACAACAGUUGCGUAUUUCUCUACAUGCAAAAUAUGAUGUUUCUCAGCCCAUCCGAGGUUUGAUCUGUCUUAGGUUACAAACUAAGCUUGCGAUUUGCAAUCCGGGUACGAGAAUGUUUCAUACUUUACCGGAGAUCCAUUCAUAA